CCCCACGUCGACCCCCACGUCCUGCCGGCCGCCGACGACCGCCAGAACGAGCUCAAGGGGGACGUCCACGACGUGCACGCCGUGCACGCGGACGUGGCGGACAAGGGCAAGACCGCCCUCAACGACCUGGACGCCAAGACGGACACGGACUCGGCCGACGUGAGCAGCAGCAGCAGUAGCGACUCCUCGUCGGCGUCCGUCUCGGCGGAGGCGGCGCCGGACGCCAAGGACGAGGCCGUCGCCCUGCAUGACGCCCUGCGCGAAGCCGGCCAAGUGACGGAGGGGGCGGAGGAAGCCCCGGACUCAGACAGCGCCGCCGCCGACCACGCCAAGCAAUCGGACACCGCCGCGGCACCGCCGGACACGUCGGGGUCCGCCUCGGCGUCGUCGUCGUCGUCGGCGUCCUCGUCCACGGAAACGGAAGAGCAGGCGAGCGAGGCCAGCGCCGCCGCCAAGCAGGCCGCCAUCGAGGACUUCGUGGAGGCGCCCAAGGCCGUCGUCAAGGAGGUGCCCGUCGACGCCAUGACGGAGGACACCGACGCCGCCAUCGAGGAGGACGUCUCCACCGAGUCCAUGGGCGGUGAGGAGGCGAGCCGCACCGAGGACCCGUUUUGGGGCCAGGCCGAGGGCCAGGCCGAGGCCCAGGCCAGCACCGAGAGGGGCGUGCUGCCGGACAGCGAGGAGGCUGUCAGCGAGUCCGAGGACACGGACGAGGACGACGAGGAUGACGAGGAGGACGGCCUGGAGGACGACGACGAGGAGGAGGCCCUGCAAGAGAACGGCGGGGUGGUCGCGCCCGUGGUGGCCAGAACGACCACCACGGUGGCUUCCACGACGUCCACGGCCACAAGCACCGAGGCAACGACCACCCCGACCUCCACCACCACGACCGCAGCGGCGACCACCACCACAUCCUCGACGUCCACGACGGCCGCCACCACCACCUCCACCACGAGCACCACCACGCCGCGGCAGGAGACGACCACGAAGACGACGGUCUCGACCACGACGGCCGGCCCCGUGACGAGCACCGCGAAGACACUCUGGAAAACACACGGAAAGAAGGUGGUGGUGGUGCCGCCGCCGACGGCGUCCCGGCCGAUGGCCGCCGCCCCCGCCCCCGGCAUGCGCAGCGACGAGCCGCGCGGCCGCUACCAGCCGCCGCCGUUCCGCUUCACCAAGGACGUGUACACCGUGACGGUGCCGGAGAACUCCCCGGGCCGCACGCUGCUCACGCCCGCCGAGCGCGUGGGCAUCCCCCUGGCCGCGCCCACGCCGCCCACGUCCGCCAGUGUGGCCACGCCCGAGGUGCGCUUCCGCAUCGUGUCCGGCGACCGGGACCGCUUCUUCAAGGCGGAGGAGCGCGUCGUCGGCGACUUCUGCUUCCUGCAGCUGCGGACGCGCGCCGGCAACACGGACGUGCUGAACCGCGAGCGGCGCGACAAGUACACGCUCGUGGUGCGCGCCAACGGCCACUACGUCGGCAACGUGUCCGAGGAGGACGCCGGGCGCGCGCUCGAGGCCAACACGACGGUGCAGGUGCGCGUGCUGGACGUCAACGACCUCACGCCGCUCUUCUACCCCACCGAGUACGACGUGAAGGUCGCCGAGGACACGCCGCCCAACCACAGCGUGGCCAAGGUGGCCGCCGAGGACGCCGACCUGGGCCCCAACGGCGAGGUGUACUACUCCCUCAAGGACUGGGCCGCCGAGCAGUGGUCCGUGCACCCGUCCACGGGGGUGGUGUCUCUGACCCGGCCGCUGCUGCUGAGCGAGCAGACGACGCACGAGCUGACGGUGGUGGCGCGCGACCGCGGCGUGCACGCGCACGCGGCCAGCCAGGCCAGCCAGGCGCGCGUGCGCGUGCGCGUGGAGCGCGUCAACCUGCACGCGCCCGAGAUCCACGUGCGCCCGCUGCCGGAGAUCAUCGAGCACGCGCACGGGGACAUCUACGCCAUCGUCAGGGUCACCGACCGGGACCGCGGCCUCCACGGCCAGAUCCGCGACCUGGAGAUCGUGGAGGGCGACCCCGACGGCCACUUCCGGGUGGUAGCGACCGGCAACCCGGGCGAGUACAACAUCGCCGUGCUGCACCUGCUGGACCGCGAGGCCGCGCCGUCCGGGUACAACCUGACGCUGCGCGCCUCGGACCGCGGCACGCCCAUGCACAGCACGUACCGCACCGUGGCCGUGCGCCUGGCCGACCUCAACGACAACCCGCCCGUCUUCGACCGCCAGGUCUACGACGUGGAGGUGUCGGAGAUCGCGCCCGUCAACACGCCCAUCACCAGGAUCAAGGUCACGGACGCCGACUCGGGCAAGAACGCGCAGGUGCACUUGGAGAUCGUGGGCGGCAACGAGGACGGAGCCUUCUGGCUCAACCCAGACUCGGGCAUGCUGUACACGGCCAAGGCCCUGGACGCCGAGACCAAGAAGUCGUACGCGCUCACCGUGUCCGCGCUGGACCAGGGCAACGCCGGCGCGCGCAAGCAGAGCUCCGCCAGGAUCGAGGUGACUGUCCUGGACACGAACGACAACGACCCGGUGUUCGACACGCCCGAGCAGACCGUGUUCGUGAACGAGAACGAGCCCCCGGGGCUGCAGGUGGCGCGCGUCAUGGCCAGGGACAAGGACUCGGGCGAGAACGCCUACAUCUCGUACCUCAUCGCCAACCUGGCACCCGUGCCUUUCGAGGUGGACCACUUCACGGGCUGGGUCCGCACCACGCAGGUGCUCAACUACGAGGUGAUGCGGCGCGAGUACGUGCUCAGGAUCCGCGCGUCGGACUGGGGGCAGCCCUACCGCCGCCAGACGGAGACGACGCUGCGCGUGCACAUCCGCGACGUCAACGACAACCGGCCGCAGUUCGAGCGCGUGGACUGCGUGGGCCACGUGCCCCGCCACCUGGCCAUCGGCGCCGACCUGCUCACGCUGUCCGCCAUCGACUUCGACGAGGGCAGCGUCAUCUCGUACCGCAUCGAGGGCGGCUCGGAGGACGGCUGCUUCUCGCUGGACGCCGCCACGGGCCUGCUGCAGGUGACGUGCGACUUGGCGGACGUGCGCGCGGCGAGGCGUGAGCUGAACGUGACGGCCAGCGACGGCACGCACUUCUCGGACGUGCUGCGGCUGCAGGUGAACCUGGUGAACGCCAAGCGCGACGCGACGGGGCCGGCCGUGGGCCCGCCCAAGGGCUUCUUCGACUGCCGCGAGACGGGCGUGGCGCGCCGCCUCACGGAGGUGCUGGCCGCCGCCGAGAGGAACAACGCGCCGCACGCCGGCGACCAGGACGACUUCCCGCUCGUGCCGCCGCGCUACGGCUCCAACGUGCACGCCCCCGAGUUCGUGGACCUGCCGCUCGAGGUGCGCGUCAACGAGUCCCUGCCGCUGGGCAGCGUGGUGGUGCGCGUGCGCGCGCGCGACCGCGACCUCGGCUACAACGGCAAGCUGGUGUACGGCGUGGCGUCCGGGGACACGGACUCGCUCUUCAAGAUGGACCUGGACAGCGGGGAGCUGCGGCUCGUCGGCUACCUGGACCGCGAGAAGGAGGGCGAGUACCUGCUCAACGUGUCCGCCUACGACAUGGGCACCCCGAGCAAGUCCACGCACCGCGUGCUGCCCAUCACCGUCCUGGACGUGAACGACAACGCGCCGCGCUUCGAGAAGGCCCUGGCCAGCUUCCGCGUCACGGAGGACGCGCAGAACGGCACCGUCAUCUUCCGCCUCAACGCCACCGACCCCGACGCGGGCGACAACGGCCGCGUGGUGUACUCCAUGGAGACGGAGACGCCCGACCUGGCGGUGGACGCCCGCGGCGUGCUCAGCGUCACGGCGCCGCUCGACCGCGAGCGCCAGGACGUCUACGAGGUGCUCGUCGUGGCCAGGGACUUCGGCGACCCGCCGCAGAGCGCCACCGCGCAAGUGCGCGUGACGGUGGACGACAUCAACGACAACCCGCCGCGCUUCGCGCUGCCCGAGCUGUCCGUGCGCGUGCUGGAGGACGUGCCGGCGGGCAGCGUGAUCGCCGUGGUGCAGGCCACGGACCCGGACCUGGCGCUGGGCGGCGAGGUGCGCUACAGCCUCAAGCACCCCGACGAGGACGACACACUGGACGCGCUGCAGGGCGCGUUCUUCCGCAUCGACGCGCUGACGGGCACGGUGCGCACGCUGCGCGAGCUGGACUACGAGGAGCGCCAGGUGCACGUGCUGACGGUGCGCGCCUCGGACCGCGGCUCGCCGCCGCUCUGGAGCGAGGCCACGCUCACCGUGCACCUCAUCGACGUCAACGAGAACGCGCACGCGCCCCUGUUCGCCGACCUGGUGGAGACGGCCGCCGUCAAGGAGGACGCGCCGCCCGGCACCGUGGUGACGGCCGUCAAGGCCUCGGACGCCGACGCGCCCGGCGACGACUCCAGGGUCACGUACUCCAUCCGCGGCGGCGACGGCCAGGGCUACUUCAGCGUGGACGAGAAAGGCAACAUCCGCACGCUGGUGCCGCUGGACGCCGAGUCGCGCAUCCACUACUGGCUGACGGUGGUGGCCUCGGACCACGGCGUGGUGCCGCUGAGCAGCCGCCUCGAGAUGUACAUCGGCGUGGAGGACGUGAACGACAACGCGCCGCUGACGCUGCAGGCGGCGUACCGCGGCGAGGUGGCCGAGAACUCCCCGGCGGGCAAGUGGGUGGCCGAGGUGCGCGCCAAGGACCGCGACAUCACGCCCGGCCGCCUCUCCUACAAGAUCACCGGCGGCAACCCGGAGAACUUCUUCGCCAUCAACGCGGACACCGGUGUUGUCACCACGACGGAGCGCCGCCUGGACCGAGAGAACCAGCCCGAGCACAACUUGGAGGUGACCGUCACCGACCACGGCCUGCCGCCUCUGUCCUCCACCGCGCGCCUCUUCAUCACCGUCCUGGACGUGAACGACAACGCCCCCGAGUUCGAGCAGACCUUCUACCACGUCACCGUGCCGGAGAGCUCCCGGAUGGACACCGCCUUGUUCCAGAACGCAGAAGGUGAAGCUGAUGUUUCGGCUGAUGUAAAUCUAGAGAACGGAUCUUGGGAAUCUUUUGAUGUAGCAUCUCUUAGUGGAGAGAGCCUCUUGAGGGUGCUGGCUUAUGACCAAGAUGUUGGUCCCAAUGGGCAAGUGGAGUACAGCAUUAAGUCUGGAAGAGGCAAAGGGAAGUUCCGUAUCCACCCAUAUACAGGCACUGUGUAUUCACAGAAAGGCCUUGUUGGAGGCUCAGAAUAUGACUUACUGAUCCGAGCCAUGGACCAGGGUACUCCGCAGAGAAGUGCAACAACUCGGGUUACUGUACAAGUGUCCGCUGUUUCCACUUCCUCUUCUCACCCUCCACAGAUCAAGACUGUUGAUCAACAAGUUCAGAUUACUGAAAGUGACAAAGCUAAAUAUUUAGUAGCCCUUAUCCAAGCCUCUGAUGAGGAUGGGGAUAAACUAUGGUUUGACAUUGUUGAUGGUGACAAGAGAAAUGAAUUUUAUAUUGGAAGGGACCAAGGAAAUGUUUUACUUGCUAAACAACUAGACUAUGAAACUCAAAAUUUCUACAACCUUACCAUUAGUGUGUCUGAUAUGGUCCACACUGUGUACACUCAGCUCUAUAUAACUGUGCUAGACACCAACGAACACCGUCCCGAAUUCUCUGAGUCUGAGUACAGGGUGGAAGUUGCGGAAAGUGCUGAGAUUGGUACCUCUCUUCUUGAACUUCACGCAUCUGAUCUUGAUGGCACUGAUCGAGUGUUCUACAGCUUACACACUGCUAGGAGCCAGGCCUCUCUUGAAUUGUUCCGAGUUGAUUCUCUGACAGGUGUAUUGUCUUUAGCUGCACAUUUAGACUGUGAAACCAUGGAUGAACACGUUUUGACAGUAAUGGUCAAGGAUCAAGGCACUCCAUCAAAAAGAAACUAUGCCCGAGUCUUAGUGGUAGUGCAUGACUUCAAUGAUCAUGCUCCAGAGUUCUCAAGCCAAAUCAUCCAAGGUCGAGUGUACGAAAGUGCAGCCCCCGGUUCUGCUGUCAUGCAAGUUCUCGCUACAGACCAAGACAGAGGAAAGAAUGCAGAAAUUACCUACUCCAUUGCAUCAGGAAAUGUUGGAAACAUGUUUUCAAUCGAGCCAUCGCUGGGUCAUUUGACUGUUGCUCGCGAAUUGGACAUAAACCACUACCCAGAAUUCACUCUGACAGUCAAAGCAACCGACAAAGGAGUUCCACCUCUUUCUGCCACUGUGCCAGUUCACAUCAUGGUGACCAUGGCUGACAACGCUCCACCAAGGUUUACUAAAGAUCAACUACUAGCUGAGGUUUAUGAAAAUCUUCCUCCCGGAACCUAUGUGAAACAUGUAGAAAUCAGAAGCACAUCCUCAUGCACUCUUGAAAUUGUGGAUGGGGACAGUGAUGGUGUUUUCCUAAUGAACCCAUCAACUGGUGUUAUUAGUACCAAGUUACCUCUAGACUAUGAACACACAAUUUUCUACAAUUUGACAAUAGAAGCAACUAACAUGGCCGGCACCAAAGCCCGUUCCCAUGUCAUUGUGCAUGUACUUGAUAUGAAUGACAAUUCUCCAAGGUUCAUUCAGAAUCUUUACCAUGGUACUUUACCUGAAAAUGCUCCUGUUGGUUCAUUAGUCCUUACAAAUACAAGCACACCAUUGGUAAUCAAAGCGACAGACAAAGACUCAGAUCUGAAUGCUCUUCUUCACUACGACAUUGUGGAAAAUAUGCCUCGCAAAUAUUUCCACAUUGACUCAAGCACAGGUGCGAUUCGCACAGUAAACCUGCUGGACUUCGAAACAAUGCCUGUAUUCCAAUUUCAUGUGAGAGUUUCUGACCGAGGCAAGCCAAAGCUCACCUCAGAGGUGUUUGCUGAAGUAUUAAUUAAUGUAUCUGAUGUCAAUGACUGCCCACCACAAUUUUCUCAAACUGAGUACAAUGCUACACUGCUCCUACCAACCUAUGCCAAUGUUGUUGUGCUUCAAGUCAAUGCCACUGAUAGAGAUUCAGGAUCUCCUUCUUCAUUGACAUAUGAACUUGAGAACAACAUUGAUGGCACAUUUUUACUUGAUAGCAAAUCUGGGAUGUUGUCUAUUGUUGAUCCUUCCAAAAUUCAGCAGAAAGGCUCAUUCAAGAUGAACGUCAAAGUUACAGAUGGAAAAUUCACUACUACUGCCCCUCUGAAUGUUGUGGUUCAAAAGUCCGAAAAUUCAGGACUAGUGUUCCAAAAGAGUGUCUAUUUAGCAAAUAUUGUGGAGAACAGUACCAAAAUCACAACAGUUACAGUUGUGAAUUUACUGGGUUCUGCUCUGAAUGAGCAUAUUCAAUUCAGAAUACUCAAUCCCACUGAUCUGUUUGUGAUUGGUGAAACUUCUGGCGCUAUAAGAACAACUGGUGUACGGUUUGACAGAGAACAACAAGAGCAUCAUUCUUUGAUUGUAGAGGCUCGGAGCAGAGAUUUUGGUGAUGGUCAACCCAGGGUAGCUCAUGUUACAGUUAAUGUGACAAUUAUUGAUGUGAAUGACAACUGCCCCAUUUUUGUAAACCUUCCAUACUAUGCUGUAGCAUCAGUAGAUUCACAAAGGGGAGAAGUGAUCACAAAGGUGCAAGCUGUUGAUUUGGAUAGCGGUGAAAAUGGAGAAGUCCGCUAUGAACUCAAGAAAGGACAUGGUGAUUUAUUCAAAGUCGCUCGAAAGUCUGGCGAAAUAAGCUUGAAACAGAAUUUGGAAGGUCACAAUCAAGAAUACCAACUUCUAAUUGCAGCUUAUGAUGGAGGUGUCAGCCCAUGUUCCAAGGACGUUUUUGUACAUGUAAAAGUGAUUGAUCGAUCAAUGCCCGUGUUUGGGAAACAGUUUUACACUGUUUCUGUCCCCGAAAACAUUGAAUUGUUCUCACCAUUGGACCUCAGUAUUUCAGCAGAAUCUGCUCUAGGGCGGAAACUAAUUUACUCAAUUGUGAAUGGGAAUGACUUUGAAGAGUUUGCUGUUGAUUUUAAUUCUGCUGGAAGCAAUGACAAUGGGGCUUGUGUGCUGUAUGUCAUUGACGAACUUGAUUUUGAACACAAGCAGUCUUAUGAACUGACUGUGCGAGCUGUUGACUCAGUAUCUGGUGUCAGCUCUGAUGUACUAGUGAAUGUGCAAGUUGAAGAUGUGAAUGAUUGCCCGCCGGAGUUCAUCAACGAUUCGUACACAGUAGCUGUUUCGGAAGCAGCAACAUUCGGCUCUCCUCUUCUUAAAGUGACAGCUCGUGAUAAUGAUACAGGCAUUAAUGCAGUUGUGCGGUACUCAAUGCUCCAAGACUCUGGCAAUGCUACAAAAUACUUCCACAUUGAUAGUGAAGAUGGGUCAGUGUAUUUGAAGCAAGCCUUAGACCGUGAGAGACAGGACUCCCAUCAUUUUACAGUAAUUGCAAAUGACAGUGGCAUUCCAAGCUUGUCAACUACUGCACAUGUUUGGGUUUCAGUUCUUGACAUGAAUGACAACCCACCAAAGUUUGAGUUGCCAUCCUACAGUUGUGUUCUUUCUGAAGAUGCUGCAAGAGGCCAAUUUGUGACCAUGGUAACUGCAAGUGAUGCAGACACAGUAGAUCAAGGACACCUCACCUACUCAAUUGUCGGUGGAAAUGACUUGCAAACAUUUUCUAUUCAACCCAACUCAGGCAUCAUUAAACUUAUUAACUUGCAUCAGCUUCCAUUUCACACUGCUCACUCCCUCAAUGUGUCUGUCACUGAUGGAGUUUACACAAGUUUCACACGUGUGCAUAUAGAAAUGCAACCAGCAAAUCACCAUGAUCCCGUGUUUAGCCGACACCUCUAUGAAGCAACUGUGGUUGAAAAUAGAGCACCUGGUUCUCGAGUUAUAAUUCUAAAGGCAACUGAUGCCGACCAUGGUGCCUAUGGACAUGUAUCCUAUGCUAUCACAUCACCCUUGUUCAGUGAGAUAUUCUCAAUCCAUAAGAACUCAGGAGAAAUCACUACAAGGAUGAAGCUAGACCGAGAAAAGCGACGAAUGUAUGAGUUACCAGUGUCUGCCGCUGAUCAUGGAGGCAGGAUAGGCCACACAAUAGUUCGUGUUCGUGUCAUUGAUGAGAACGACAACACUCCAUACUUCUUGCAGAGAGAGUACAAAGCUUCAGUCAUGAGCAAUUUGACCAUUAACUCAGGUUUCCUCAAGGUAAAAUCUUUUGACAAAGAUGAAGACAUCAAUUCUCAAGUUGAGUACAGUAUUUAUGAGAAAGAGUCGCCUGGAGUGAAAGACCUGUUUGGAGUCAACAGGCAGACAGGUGGCAUCUACCUGCUAAAGAGUGCUGUUCCUUAUGAAAACCAAGUAUUCCAGUUCUUUGUCCGCGCACAAGACAGGGGAAAGCCCUCCAGACAUUCUGAUGCACCAGUUGAAGUGUACAUCAUGAGCUCAGGGGACUCGCCACCUAUUUUCCAAAGAAAAGAUGAAAAGUAUUUCCUCUCUGAAAAGUCAUCUAUUGGCACUGUGAUUGCAAGAUUGAAAACUAUGACGAACAUGUCAGUUUCCUACCGUAUUGUCUCUGGCCAAGAGGACAAUGCCCUGUUUGCUGUUGACGAAGCUGGCACUUUGACUCUGCAGCAGCCUCUCGACCGGGAGGCUGCUGACCACCACCACAUCGCCGUGCUCGCAGAAACACACACUAGUCCAUCUUUGGUUGCCCUCGCAGAGAUCACCCUUAAGGUGCUGGAUGAAAACGACAAUGCUCCCCAGUUCCAUUCUAACUCCUAUGCUGCUGUAAUUUCAGAAAAUGUUGACGAGAAAACUUCUAUUAUCAAAGUGACAGCCGAAGAUGCAGAUCAGGGAAGCAAUGGAGAAGUGCGAUAUUCUCUGGAGUUAGAAGACGACAGUUUGGUUAACACCUUUGCAAUUGAUCCUCAUUCUGGUUGGAUCACAACCCUUUUGCACUUGGACCGAGAAGCUCAGCAACACUAUAAACUCACUGUUGUUGCUAGUGACAAUGGCCAUCCUAAGCAUUCAACACGUUCCAUAGUGCACAUUCAAGUCCAAGAUUACAAUGAUAACCCUCCAGCCUUCUCGAAUAGUCUAUACAAGGCAGCAGUGAAUGAAGAUGCCCUACCUGGAACUGUCAUUAUGCAACUAGCUACUUCAGAUGCUGAUUCUGUAAAGAUGCCAGUUGACCUCUACAUUGUGUCUGGUGACCCUGCAUCUCAAUUGUCUGUACGACCAACUGGGGAAGUCUAUGUCGUUCGCGCCCUGGAUAGGGAAACAGUGCCUCACUACAAUUUACAAAUUGUGGCCACAGAUGGGAAAUUUGUGACAAGUUCUAAUGUGUCCAUUGAGAUCUUAGAUGCAAAUGACAACCCACCAUACUGUUUACGCCAUCGAUAUCGCUCAGUUGUUUCUGAGGAGGUCGACACUGGGACAUUCUUGUUAAGUAUUCGAGCUUCAGAUGUUGAUGAAGGCUCCAGUGAAAACCUGCGAUUUUACUUAACUGGUGCAGGGGCUGAGCACUUUACCUUGGAUAAAGCUGGAGGCCAUCUGAGGACUGCUCACAAUCUUGAUCGUGAAACCCAGAGCAAAUAUCUACUAACUGCUCAUGUGCAAGAUCGGGAUGGAACUGGAACAACUCAAGGAUGGGAGUGCAGCUCAUUAGUAGAAAUUGUGAUAGCAGAUGUAAAUGACAAUGCUCCUCAAUUCACUCUUCCAUCAUACACAGCAUCACUCUCUGAAGAUGCUCAAAUAGGAACACUUGUGGCAAAAUUGCAUGCUAAUGAUAAUGAUACAGGUAUCAAUCGCAAGGUGCGAUAUGCAAUUAUUGAAGCUGAACCAACCUCCAGCCCCCAAUUUAAAAUUACUAGUGACAGUGGUAUUGUCACACUUGCCAAGUCUCUGGAUAGAGAGCUAGUGGACCGUUAUAAUUUGACAAUAGAGGCAUCUGACCAAGGCACACCGCAACUUCGGAACCGGACACAUCUUUUUGUGAAUGUUCUUGAUGUGAAUGACAAUCCUCCAGAAUUUGUGUCUAAAGUGUACCAUGCUUUGGUGCCUGAACUCUCACCUGUGGAUACCACAGUUGUUAAAGUGAUGGCUACCUCCAAAGAUAUUGGUGUCAAUGCAGAAAUAUCUUAUUCCAUUGUCAGUGGUAACAGUCACAAGAAGUUUGCCAUUGAUAGUAAAACAGGAGUUCUUAGUAUCCGGGAGCCUUUAGAUUAUGAAAUUUGUAAAAGUUAUUUUCUGACUAUUGAGGCAGUGGAUGGAGGUGAUCCGCCACUCAGCAAUCAGGCUACGAUCAACAUAUCAGUCUCAGAUGGCAACGACAAUGCUCCUAUCUUUAACCGACCGUCCUAUGCGGCACGAAUACGCGAGGAUUCUCAUACAGGCGGAAAAAUUCUACAAGUUACUGCAAGUGAUUUCGACAGCGAUGCCAAUGGGAAGAUAAUCUACAGGAUCCGAAAUGGUGACAACCUGAAACAAUUUUCAGUUGAUAGUGCCACUGGAUACAUCUCUGUUGUCAAACCACUUGAUCGAGAAGUUUUGUCAAGCUACGUACUAGAGGUGGAGGCCGUGGAUGGAGGCAUACCACCACUAUCAAGUGUUGCACUAGUGAAUGUAGAAAUUUCUGAUGUCAAUGACAAUGCUCCCAUCUUCUCUGAACAAAAUUACACUGCAGUUGUGCAGGAGGACAAGCCACUUGGAUAUGCAGUUUGUCAUUUGAAAGUCACGGAUGCUGACACAUUCCCCAACACUGAGCCAUUUGUUUUCGAAAUAAUAGCAGGAAAUGAUGCUGGUAUGUUCCGCAUUGAACAAGAUGGAGUAAUCAGAACUGCCGCACGAUUUAAUCACAAGAACAAGGACUCCUAUGUCUUGCAAGUUCGUGUAUUUGAUUAUGGGCUUCCUCCAUUGUCUUCUGAUACUUGGGUGUUCAUAAAGGUUGUGGAGGAGUCUCAAUACCCACCCAUUGUAACACCUCUUGAAAUUUGGAUCAACUCCUUCCAAGAUAACUUUGUGGGAGGCGAAGUGGGUCGUGUGCAUGCGACUGAUCAAGAUGUGUAUGAUCAGUUGGCCUAUAAACUUGUUCCCAUGGUCACGCCUCAGCCUGCUGCUGCGGCCAGUCAACCUGCUCUGUUCAGCGUCUCUGGCAAUGGUUCAAUUCUCGCAUCGCCUCAGCUUGAUGUGGGCCAGUACAAACUCAAUGUGUCAGUUACGGAUGGAAAAUUCAUCUCAUAUGCCACAAUUAAGGUGUGGGUUGAGCUUGUCUCAGAUGAAAUGCUGAAAGACUCAUUAAGUAUUAGUUUUAGAGGCAUUAAAGCCCAGGACUUUCUUCAAAACCACCGUAAAGGUUUCAUUCGAGCAUUGCAUAAAAUUCUGUCUGUCAAAGUAAAGGAUAUUAUCUUAGUUAGUGCCCAGGAUGCUCAGUUUUCUUCAAUUGGGAGAAUGAAGAGAGACUCUGCCAACCUUCUCAUGAUCUUGUUUGUUGUGCGAAGCCCUAAUGGCAUUGGGUAUGUUAAAGUUGAUAGUCUCCGAAAUAUUGUAUCAUCCCACAUUGAAGAUUUAGAAUUGGCAACUGGACUAGUUGUUGAUCAAGUUGCACAGAGGCAUUGCACAGAUGCUUACUGUGCGUUUGGGACCUGUGAGGACAGGGUGUCCCUGAAUGGAACAUCUGUUGCUGUGGUUAGCACUCAAUUGUCAAGCUUUGUGUCCCCACAUCACCAACUAGAAGUAGUUUGUCAUUGCUCCCAAGGCUAUUCAGGUGAACACUGCGAUAUUGCAGUAAAUAAAUGUGCUAGCAAUCCUUGUCCUGAGAACAUGAUGUGCGUUCCCGAUUCUUCAUCAUCAGGGUUUGCUUGUCAAUGUCCUGAGGGAAUCGCAGGUCCUGUUUGUCAAGAGAAUGAAACCAAUUGCCAAAAUGUUUGCUACAACCCUCGCAGUCCAAUGUCAAUGACUGGGCGCAGUUAUGCGUUUUAUGCCAUCACUAGGCCUUGGCUUGAAAGAGAGCUGAACGCUACUUUACGCUUGCGCACUCUCCAUCCGUCUGGAAACUUACUGUACAUCGCUGGAAAAAUUGAUUAUGCUAUUUUAGAGGUGGUUGGUGGCAUUGUGCAGUUUAGAUUUGAACUUGGAAGUGGUGAAGGCAUUGUCCGUGUCACGAGUGUGGCUGUAAAUGAUGGCCAUUGGCAUGAAAUCAGCCUUGAAAGGAUGGGCAACAGAGCACAGCUCACAGUUGAUGGAACUCAUGUUGCCCAGGGUGUUUCUCCUGCAAGUGCAGAUAUACUUAACUCUCCUCAACAUUAUCUUUACUUCGGAUCAGAGGUGCAGCCACAUGGAACUGUAAAAGGUUUCGAAACAUCAUCCAGAGGCUUCACAGGAUGCCUCGACGCUGUGCAGCUCUGGGGAACUCCUUUGCCUUUACAUUCUGCAAGUGCAAACUCCUAUGCGGCUCUUAAACGUCUUGCAAAUGUCCAGUUUACCUGUGGACCCCUCUCAAGUCCUGGGGCUUGUGGUCUCCACCCCUGUUUGAAUGGCGGAUCUUGUCGAGAUGACCCAUCGAACCCUGAAGGAUUUACAUGCUUGUGUGCCGAACAAUUUAUGGGCAGCAGGUGUGAGAAGGACACAGCUCCCUGCUUAUCCUCUCCUUGCCUGUUUGGAGGGCGCUGCAUCCCCCUGCCCAGUGGCUCCUACAAAUGUGAAUGUGAAGAAGGGCUGGGUGGUAAACGAUGUGAGUAUGGACGGUACUGCAGUCCCAAUCCCUGUUCAAACAGCGUGCCCUGUGAGGAAGGUGAUAAUGGUCCCCUCUGCAAAUGCUUGUUGGGCUACACUGGAGAGUUGUGCGCUCAAGACAUUGAUGAAUGUGCCUCCUCUCCCUGUCUCAACGGUGGGACUUGUGUGAACCAGCCUGGGGCUUUCUAUUGUCUGUGUCCCAUCAACAUGACGGGUAUUGAUUGCAACACUGCUGUUGUUCAUACUUCUAUAACAUCUUCAAUAUAUAAUGUCACUCGGGAUGAAAUCAUAGGCAUUGGAGUUGUUGUUCUUGUGAUCAUAAGUUUUGUUCUGGGCUGCAUUAUUUAUCGCAAGUGUCGCAUAAAUAGAAGGAACAACAAUCGAGGUAGUCAUAUUAAUAAUGGCACCAACAAGGAUAACAUGGUGUUAAACUCGACAAGGGUCACAAAUGCGGACUUUAAAAGAAGCUCCAAGCUCAGUAACCUGGAAGUCAGUCAGAGGGAGCCCCUGACUUGUCCUGCUCGCCCUGCAUCGUUCACACCGAGCACUCACCAUGAACAGUAUAUUGCCGCAACUCUCAACAACUUGGACACCUUGCGGAGCUAUGGUUCUGCUGGAGAUGAACUGGAAAAUGUGCCUCCCGAUUAUCUACGCAAUCUCAACCGUCAGUCGCCUCUCAAUGUUGUUGGUGUUCCUAAUGCACAACUUCCCCUGAGUGAUAUGAGUAAACUAAACAAUGGGGGAAAAGCUGCUGAUGACUGCUGCCGUUCUCCUGGAUAUCAUUGGGAUAUUUCAGAUUGGUCACGAUCAAGCCAACCCCCGCUGCCAAACAUUACUGAAGUUCCAGGGAGUGAAGUUCCUGACUCCAGUAGUUUUCAUAGUGAUGAAAGUAAUGAGGGAAGACCUAUCAUGAAUCUCAGCUUACCUACAGUUGGAGAAAGUAUUAAUGGUAUUCGUGAUAUGGAAACUUUAAAUGAAGAGGAGUCUGUGGAUGAAGCAGAAGUCGAUGCCCACAGCUACUUGCUCCAUCCAAACCACUACCUACCAAAUAACCCACUCCCAGAGUCAGAUGAUGAUGAUGUUGCACCAUAUGGGUUUCACAGUCAACAUCAUCAGCGGAGAUCUUUAUUAAGAAGCCAGAGUGACCUGUCAACAAAUUUAUGUGACAUUGAUGAUUCCGAAAUUGAAUGCUCCGACAUCCACCACCCAUGGGGUAAAGUCACUCAGACAUCUGUAUGACACCAACGAUGCUGGGAGCUUCCCAGCACAUUCGCACAUUGUUAUGACAUGGCUGUGGCAGUGUGCUAACUUUUCCUCUUUUUUGUUAAGAUCAAAUAUUUGUAACUCACUCUUAGCUGUUGUUUUUUUUUUUUUAACUGUUGUGCCAUUUAGCUUCAAGAAGUCCUUCUGCAAGAUGAAAUAUUUGAUCUACCAAAACCAAUGUAGCUUUUGUACACUUAGUUUUUGUGUCGUUGUCUUACAGUUUUAUGUUUUUAAUUUUAUGCAAGAUUGUUUUGGGGCCACUUUAAUCCAGAAAAUCUCUAUGAAUGACUGGGCUACUUAAACCUAAAAUUUGUUGAAGUGAAUGUGAACUGGUUCACCAUAAAACUUCUGUUAUUUUGCAGUAUUGGUUUUGAAGACUGCAUCUAACCUGAUCUAUGACCAAAUUCAUAAUUUAUUUUUUCUUCUUAGUAGUCUGUUUGUUUUGAUUACGAGUUAACUUAUGCAGAUACUGCAAAUGUUAAAUGAGAUCCCCCUCCAUUAGUUUAAGAGAAUUGAUCUCAUUCAUUGCACGAAUUUCAAGCUGAUGGCAUGAUGUAGUAGUGGAUGGAAUCUAUAAAGUGAAGACUGACUUAAAGGCAUAAAAUGUUUGGAAAUGUUUGUUACACUUCUGGGUGUGAUGAAAUUUCUCUUGUCUUUUCAUUUCUCAACAUGAAUGACUGAAGGACUGAUUUAUGAGAAGUUUUACAUUGAUGGCCUACCUUUCUUAUCAGGUCUAAGAUUUAAAAAAAAAAUUAUUUAUCUUUUCCUUUUUAAAGUCAAUGCAAAAUGUUGCUUGGAUAAUUUGGAGCUUGUUGUCAAGAUGUUACCCACCAACAUCCCAUUAUUUUAUUGCUCAGUAUUUUCAACAUGCCAGUUUUUUUUUAUUCCCUGUGAGUUUUCUCCCAUUUUCUUAUACCUUAUGGCAUUUUUAGGUUUCAUCUCAAUGCAGUAUCUGUUUUGAUUUAGAUUUUUUUCCCAUUUUACUGUUUGUACAGUAACGUCAUAUUUUGCGGUGUUUUUAAAAGCUAUGAAUAUGACUUGUGAUAUAUCUGAUAAUGCUUGUACAAAAUUCAGUGUCAUCCAAUUAGUGGCUGAUGCAGAAGCAGCCCACUUUUUUCCUAUUCCCUUGCAGCUACUUUUUUAUUUAUUGACUGAUCUAGCAGCUUUAACAUUCUGUGCCAAUCACAAAGUCUUUGUCCCAUAUGUGUUCAUAUUUCAUUUGUCAGUGACAAUACUGUAUUUGUUUGUAGGGACUUCAGUUGAUUUCCACUAUAUUCUUAAACUAUGUCACAGCACAAACAGAUCAGGCAACUUCAACCUCUUACUUUUUAACCUUGUUUGUGUCCAUCUUUCUUUACCUGGAUGCUGAGUAUUUUUAAAACUUUAAUUUUUUAGGUACCAUAUCAGACCAACUUUAAAUUUCAAUGAUGUUUACAUUGAUCUUAAAAGAGUAUCUGUGAUAUUUUCUAGGUGUAUGACCUUUUUAUUUGGUGCAUUGUCUCCUCUAGCUUUACCACCCUUUCAUUCCUUGAAAGGGUUGAGACUUUUAUUUUCUUGUUGUGACAACUGGUUGUCAAAGCCAAGGAAAGAAAAUGUGAAUUAAUUUCCAGUUGCUUUGAUUAGAGAGUUCUUAAAUUGAGUGCUCUUAGAAAAAGUCAGGGUCAUAGCAGAUAAUGACCAGUGUGAUAUUACUCUCUUGCUAGCAAAGUAAGAUGCUGGAGUUAGUUUUAAUAAAACUGUCAAUACAUAGAUACCCUCAAUGUGCAUUGAUAGAUGUAUACUUAGAAAAACAUAGGGUCAAUGAAAAGUGUACAUAUCUUGUAAAUAAUAAACUAUGUUUGUAAAAGAA